AGUGUGCCUUAUUUCAAAGAGCCAUCUCCAGCGGGAAAAGUCGAGAGGGUUGCUGGAGAUGGGGAGUGCCACGGGCGCUUACGGAAUUAACAAAAACAAUAAAAGGGAAUGCAACUCGAAAAUGUUUUAUUAUUAAUUAAUGGAUUCUUGCAUCCCUGUUAGCUAGCCGUUGCGGAUACUUAUUUAGAUUUGUCUCUCUGUACCGUUUCACUUUCCAGCGGGGCGGAUGGCUGAGCUUUAGGCCGGCGGUCGAUUGAAGGGAGAUACAUGGGCGUUAUCGUUAAGUUUUAGGAUGUAACUCGGCGACCGCAAGGCACGGCGUGGGUAAAUUAGCAUUAGCGUUAGCUGACAUUGGCUAGGCGGAGGUAGGAAGGUGGCUAACCGUGCGCAGCUGACUGCCUGCUCCGCAAAGGACCACCGUUAUCCGUAGCCAGGCGUUACGGCGUAGAGCCGAGCCCCUUUCAAGACAUUUUAGUCAGUGCACCGUUUUGGUAACCGAUUAAUAUUAGACACUGACGUUUUAGUAGCCGUGUGGCUAAGCUAAUCACAAAAAUGCAGUGUAGGCGUAGAACUACAACAGUAUCUACUGUUAAUCUUAUGAGUUACUUGGUGCUUAAUUGGUUCAUUUUAAGCUAAUGAUGUAGCACGUAUUUUAUAGAUAUUACUUUUACCCUUUUCAAUAUCGUAAUGUUAGACGCUCGGUUUUAAAGUUGAUCCAUAUAAUCGUCAAUCUUAAAAUCAACGGCACUAUUAAAGCUUUUUAUUCGUAGACCCGUACAGUAUAUCAGGUGUCUAGAUAGUUUGGUGAUUUACAUUUAAUUUUUCCCGUUUAAAUCCCGGAAUGCAUAAUUGAUGGGAUAAAAUCGGUUGAAAAAUGAAGCAUAAUUAAUACUAUGAACUUACUUGAAAUGCAUAUUGUUCAAAUCAGGUAUUGGAACCUGAAAUUUUGAAAACAACAAAACGCAGGGAUUGUGUUAUAUUAAACUGGUUUAUUUUACGGGGACACAUUUUCAAUGUUUUUAUUUAAGUGUAUCCAGUACAGUGAUGACUGGGCCAUUAGCAUUUUCUGUAUACCAUAUUAAAAAGACUAUAUUUGAGUAGCUUAAAAUAACCUAAGCACAAAAAUAACAAUCCUCUCCCAAAUACAAUGCCUCCCUUUUCUGAGUGGACGUGCAGGUGGCUUUGUAUUUAUAUAGUUUCUAACGUCAUAUAAUGAUUCUCCUCUUGCAUAUCUUUGAGAUCCAUAUUGUGCAUUUUCACUGAAUAGUUUGACAUAACCUAUAAGAUUUAUUUAUUAGUAUCUUUCCUGUAGCCCAAUAUAACCUAUAUAUGCAGGUUUUUAAUACAAUUGUAUUUUUAAUACAAAAAAAGUUGUUUGACUAAAUUUUCAUUCAAAGGCUUCAGCUAAUUUUCACACAAAUACUUUUGCAUUUUACACAAAUUUGAUUAUUAAACAGCAUUGCCUUUUUGACACACUUCUGGCAAUUUGUUAGUGAACGGAUGUGAAGAGAAUAUGAUAAUUCUUUUUUUUACUGUGGAUCUUAUUUCACGUAUACACAGAAGGUUUUUGUAUUGUUUGUACUCUGAGGACAUAAGCCCUAGAAUGAACAGAAAGCCAUUUGUAAGACCGGUUCCUGUGUUGUUUCCAAACAAUGACCCUGUUUCAUCGGAAUAACUGAACUGCUUUUCAGGAUAAUCAUGCUGUUGGCUCAGAUAAACCGUGACUCACAGGGCAUGGCGGAGUUCCAGGGCGGUGGAGGGGAAGCCCAGCACGUCACCCUCUGUCUGGCAGAGGCUGUCGCUGUAGCAGACGGUGAUCAGGUAGACAGCAUGGACACUGUAAGUCUGCAGGCUGUGACUCUGGUAGAUGGGUCUACAGCAUAUAUACACAACCCCAAAGUUUCCAUUUCAGAUGGAAAGUUGAUGGAUGGCCAGGUCAUCCAGCUGGAAGAUGGCUCUGCUGCUUACGUUCAGCACGUAUCGAUGCCAAAAUCGGGAGGGGACAGUCUUAGACUUGAAGAUGGUCAGGCUGUGCAACUUGAAGAUGGAACGACCGCUUACAUUCACCACACGUCUAAAGAGGCGUAUGAGCAGAGCGCCUUGCAGGCGGUGCAGCUGGAGGACGGGACCACGGCGUACAUCCAGCACGCCGUGCAGAUGCCUCAGUCCAACACCAUCCUGGCCAUCCAGGCAGACGGCACCGUGUCUGACCUCCACACAGACAGCUCCAUCGACCCCGAGACCAUCAGUGUGCUGGAGCAGUACACUGCCAAGGUGGAGAGCGCUGACUGUGUGACCGGCGCAGGGCUGGUUGGUGGGGUGGAGACCGAAGGAAGUAUGCAGAUGCAGAUCGUCCUCCAGGGCCAGGCCAGCAGCCGGAGUACGGCCAAGGCUCAGCAGGCAGGGGAGAAGUCCUUCCGCUGUGGUUAUGAUGGCUGUGGGAAGCUGUAUACCACAGCCCACCAUCUGAAGGUGCAUGAGAGAUCACAUACAGGGGACCGACCUUAUAUGUGUGACCAUCUGGGCUGUGGAAAGAAGUUCGCCACAGGCUAUGGACUGAAGAGUCACAUUCGGACACACACCGGGGAGAAGCCAUACCGCUGUCAGGAGAUGAACUGCCAUAAGUCCUUCAAAACAUCUGGAGACUUGCAGAAGCACAUAAGAACGCACACAGGCGAAAGGCCUUUCAGGUGUCCGUUUGAGGGCUGCGGGCGAUCCUUCACCACUUCCAACAUCCGCAAGGUGCACAUCCGCACGCACACGGGGGAGCGGCCUUACUACUGCUCCGAGCCGGGCUGCGGACGGGCCUUUGCCAGUGCCACUAACUACAAGAACCACAUGAGGAUCCAUACGGGAGAGAAGCCGUACGUGUGCACGGUGCCGGGUUGCGACAAGCGCUUCACCGAGUACUCCAGUCUCUACAAGCACCAUGUGGUGCACACGCCCUGCAAGCCCUACAACUGCAACCACUGCGGCAAGACCUACAAGCAGAUCUCCACGCUGGCCAUGCACAAGCGCACGGCUCACAACGACACGGAGCCCAUCGAGGAGGAGCAGGAGACCUACUUUGAGCCCCCAGCAGAGGCCAUCGAUGAUCCAGGAGUCACCUAUGUCCCAGAGGUAGAGGAGGAGGACUCGGGAUCUGAGCGAGUGUCGUCCUCUACACCAGAGGUCAUAGGGCAACACCAAAUUUCUCUUAUCACGCAAGACGGAACGCAGCAGGUCAGUAUCUCCCAAGCUGAUAUGCACGCAAUGGGAAACACGAUUACCAUGGUAACACAGGAUGGUACCACCAUCACCGUCCCUGCCCAUGAGGCAAUACUAUCCUCGGGUGGAGAGCAUUCUGUCACCAUGGUGACAGCCGAUGGUACCGAAGGACAGGUUGCCAUCGUGACUCCAGAUUUGGCCACAUUCCAAACGUCGCAAGCAGACCUAAAUCAGCAGCACCAGCACCAUCUGGUAACCGCUAGUCCUCACCCUGUGACCUUACUAGCCACCUCCAACGGCACACAGAUUGCAGUACAGCUCAGCGAACAGCCAUCUUUGGAAGAAGCCAUCAGAAUAGCCUCAAGAAUACAGCAAGGAGAAACGCCUGGUCUGGAUGAUUAGCACCCAGCAGCUGGCACAACAGCAGAGACUGUUCUGGUGGAAGGACUUUGAAAAAAGACCACUGCAAAGCAGAGGGGAAUCAUACUUCUGACAGAUCGCUUUCUCACAGGCUUCACUAUAAAGUCAAAGCUGAAUGGAAAUAAUUUUUUCCUGGAUGUAUCUUGUAACUGCACAUCUUUAAUAUAUGUGUUCCGAGUAAACAUAUAUAGUUAAGCGAUGAAAUGUGAAAAUUCUGAGGCAUUGAUGCUUGGACUGACAGAUCACUGCUUUCUCAGAAUUUGAUACAAUUUUUUUCUUGAAUGACAACCAUGCUGGGUGUAUAUAUAUGAAUUUGAAGCUUCACAUCCUCGUUAUAUUUUACAUUUGUUAAUAAUCAAAUGAUGGGAAAAGAUUGGAUGUGUAAAAUUAAAGAACUGCAGUCUCUUA